AUGGAAGAACCAUUCCCACCUUUGGCACCUGAAGGCGGUGAGCUUUCGGAGGAGGCUGAGUGUGAACAGGCGGCUCUUCUGGAGGUGGCCCUCGACCUUUCCGAAGUAGGCGACCUCUCUAGCUCUCUUGAGAAGCUAACGGCAGCGAUAUGCCUUGGCAGUGCCACCUCGUUGAUGUACUGUCGCAGAGCAGACCUGCUGCUGCGGUUACAGCGUCCGCUUGCAACUAUCAAUGACUGCUCUGCGGCUUUGGCAGUGAACGCAGGCUCUGCAAAGGCCUAUAAGAUCAGGGCACGGGCUCAUGCGCAGCUCGAGAAUUGGACGGAGGCACAAUCCGAUUUCCAGAAGAGUUUGAAGAUCGACUUCAAUGAGGCAACAGAGGAGGAAGCGAAGCUGGUAGAGUCAAAACUGGCAAAAGCUUCGGAGGAGCACUUGCAGCGCUGGGAAGUUGUUGGGGGCGCAGACAAAGGUGGUGUUGUGGUGCGGAAGGGAUUCGAGCUGAAGUCUUCAGAGGCUUCUUGCCGACUAUGCACUGGAGCUAUCGUGGAGGAGCUGGAGCUAAGGGGUGAGCGGUUAAGAUAUCGCCGCCUGAGUGGCACCGGUCCAGAUGAAGGAUGGAUAAGUAUCUCCUUGAAGGACAAGGUCUUGGCCUGCCGACUCGCGAACAAGACAGCUGAUGCAGAAGAGAACGAGAACUUUGAAGAAGACGAGCCACCUUUUCCAGAGAUGGCACCCAACGACAUCAAGGAGCUGGAGGAUGAUGCGCUUGAAAAGCAGCAGAUGCUCAAAGCGCAGAGUGCAGAACUGGCUGACGAACAGCAUUUUGAAGAAGCAAUGGAGAAACUCACUGAGGCGAUCAUUGUGGGAUGCGCGACAGCGCUAAUGUAUGGGAGGCGAGCAGAGCUGCUGAUGCGGCUUGGCAGACCUCGUGCAGCGAUGCGCGACUGCUGCCGCGCUUUGGAGCUCAAUCCAGACUCUGGCAAGGCCUACAAGACGCGGGCGCGGGCAAAUUCAAAGCUGAAGCGCUGGACCUCUGCCCAUGCAGACUUCCAGGAGGGCUUGAAGAUAGACUACGAUGAAACUACUUAUGAAGAGUCAUUGACAGUGGCAAGCAAGAUGAAGGAGAUUACAGCAGUGGCCACAGCUCGUCGAGUGAAGGAGGAAGCAGACAGGGAGCGGAAGCAGGUUAAGGAGCAGGAACUACGGGAACAACGCGCUCGACAUCAGGAAGAGCAGCAGAAAGCACAGGCAAAUGCUGCCCAAGCUCAAGCCGAACAAGCUGUGGCACAGGUGAUGAGCGAUCCUUUGCUGCGGGGUCUUCAUCAGCGCGCCAAGAAGAAUGGCUCCUCGGAAUUCAGGAAACAGGAAGGCGGCAGCAUUGGGAGCAAAUUGAAACAAAGUUCCUUUCGGUUGGAGCCUGCCCAGAGCCAUGCCACCUUUGAUGUGUCCUUUUCGAGAAGGUAG